AAAAUAGUGCAAAUUGGAAACACGUUUUCUGCGUUUGCAUCUGUGAACACAGAGAAAGCGCAGUGAAGAAGUAAAAAGCGAGAGCGAUGUUUUGAUUUGAUUGGAGAGAAGAAGAAAGAAGGAAGUGAUUUUGGAAACGCGCUUUUACGUUGUUUUUAUGUUGCUUUCGUUGGCCGCAUGCAACUGUGAAACCACCUCGAGAUCCAUAGCAAACAUCGUUCACUUACUCACCCAAAAUGAAUUAAAAAAAUAAAAAAGAGAGCGAAAAAUGAUUUUGGAAAUUCAAGCGAUUUGAAGGGUUUAAACUUCCAAUGUCGGAGAGCGAUCAGCGUCGUCUUCUUGGGUCGUCGGAGGAUGACGUGGAAGCUCGAGGGUCGGAACACGUGGCAAUCAACGGCAACAACAACAACAGCACCCACAACAACAAUAGAGGGUUCAAGGAUUUGUUAAGGUUGUCGGGUCAGCGACACAGUUUCAAGCGCGUUGACAAAGAUGAAGAUAGAAGGAAUGCGAAUCGCGAUCGCGAUUCGCAUUCGCACGUGGAUCUCGAUUCUUCCGUUGAUGUUCUUGGCGAUGGUGCGCCUCCUGAGUGGGCCUUGCUCCUCAUUGGUUGCCUCAUCGGCCUCACCACUGGUCUCUUCGUUGCUCUCUUCAAUAAAGGGGUGCAUAUUAUACAUGAAUGGGUAUGGGCUGGUACCCCAAACGAGGGUGCUGCAUGGCUUCGUCUUCAGAGAUUGGGUGAUACAUGGCAUCGAAUCCUUUUGAUACCUGUCACUGGGGGAGUUAUUGUAGGCAUGAUGUGUGGUUUACUGGAAAUAUUGGACCAAAUAAAGCAGUCCACUUCCACUCAAACACAAGGUUUUGAUUUGCUUGCAGGAAUCUUCCCAACAAUAAAGGCUAUCCAGGCUGCAGUCACUUUAGGUACUGGCUGUUCAUUGGGUCCUGAAGGUCCUAGUGUUGAUAUUGGGAAGUCAUGUGCCAAUGGAUUCUCACUAAUGAUGGAACACAAUAGGGAGAGAAAAAUAGCACUUGUUGCAGCUGGUGCUGCAGCCGGCAUUUCUUCAGGCUUCAAUGCACCUGUUGCUGGUUGUUUCUUUGCUAUUGAAACUGUGCUGAGGCCUCUUCGUGCAGAGAACUCUCCCCCAUUUACAACCGCCAUGAUUAUAUUGGCUUCUGUUAUCUCAUCAACUGUAUCAAAUGUUUUACAGGGCAUCCAAUCAGCUUUUACAAUGCCUGAGUAUGAUUUGAAAUCUGCUGCUGAGCUACCUUUAUACCUGAUAUUGGGAAUGCUUUGUGGUGUUAUAAGUGUAGCCAUGACCCGUUUGGUUGCUUGGUUCACCCAAUUGUUUAAGAUUAUUCAGGAGAAAUUUGGCAUUCCUACUGUGGUCUGCCCUGCUUUAGGUGGUUUAGGAGCUGGGAUUAUUGCUCUUAAAUAUCCUGGAAUAUUGUAUUGGGGUUUCACAAAUGUGGAAGAAAUUCUACGUACUGGAAAAAGUGCUUCAGCUCCUGGAAUAUGGCUUCUGACUCAAUUGGUAGGUGCUAAGGUUAUUGCGACAACUCUUUGCAAAGGAUCUGGGCUAGUAGGUGGUCUUUAUGCACCAAGUUUAAUGAUUGGUGCUGCAGCUGGUGCUGUAUUUGGAGGCUUUUCUGCCAAAAUUAUCAAUUCAGCAAUUCCUGGAAAUGCCGCUGUAGCUCAACCCCCUGCAUAUGCUCUGGUUGGAAUGGCUGCUACAUUAGCAUCUGUUUGUUCUGUUCCUUUGACUUCAGUUCUUCUUCUGUUUGAGCUGACAAAAGAUUAUAGGAUACUGCUUCCUCUCAUGGGAGCUGUUGGAUUGGCAAUAUGGGUUCCCUCGGUGACAAACCUGGGGAAGGAGAGUGACAAUCCUGAUACAAGUAACUCAGUAAGAGGAUAUUCUUCAAUUUCUCGUGCUGAAGGUGUUGAUGAAGAUAACUGGAGACAAGCCAAUGAUGGGAAUGGUUUAGAACUCUGCAUUGUUGGAGAUGGCGCUGAUCUUGAAGCAAUUGAUAAAGAUCUGCUUCUGGAAAACCUUCAGGUUUCUCAGGCCAUGUCAAAACAGUAUCCUCAGAUUUCGUCAUCUGUAACCCUGAAAGAUGCAAUAAAAUGCAUGCAUGACAGCCAGCAGAAUUGUGUGCUGGUUGUUGAUAAUGAAGAUUUUCUAGAAGGAAUAUUAACAUAUGGUGACAUUAGAAGGUGUCUGUCCCAAAAGUCUAAUGAUACUACUAAGAGUGACUCAGAGAUUCCGAAUGCCAACACAUGCCUUGUUUCCUCUGUUUGUACUCGAGGGAUGAAAUAUCGUGGACGAGAGCGUGGACUUUUAACCUGUUAUCCAAAUACUACUUUAGCUAUGGCCAAAGAAUUGAUGGAGGCGAGGGGCAUUAAGCAAUUACCGGUGGUUAAACGUGGUGGUGGAGAUCACAGUAGAGAUAGGAAGCGGAGAAUUGUUGGUCUUCUUCAUUAUGACACACUAUGGCAAUGUCUCAGGAAAGAGAUUAGUAACCGGCAAUCAGACUAUCAAAAUAAGACAGAAAACAAUUUGGCUGUGAUAACUACAAAUGGGCAUUAACUUGGGUCAACAUUUUUGGUUGCGAUUACCAAAGAAAUAGUGAGAUUAUAGCCACAAGCUCUGCGGUUGCCUUUCAAAAUUGAGACCAUAUGAUAUAAAUUCAUGUAUAUUUUAGUGCCAUAAAAGUGGUUAUUCGAUAAGGAAGAAAUUGUUUCCAAUCUCCAAAAGCUAAGAAUCAACACUUCUAAAUCAUAACCUGAUAUUCUUUGCAUAAAUUAGGACACUGCAGUUUGUAAAGUAACUCUAUAAGAAGCAAAAGCCUACGGAAUACAAUGGAAAAUGAAACGGUUUUAAAACCUUGAACUUUGUUCCUUUUGUAAAUUGAAUUCUUCCCACCCAUCGUAGGGGCGAGGAUAUUGAGUUUUGUUGGAGACAGCAAAAAGGAAAACGUUGUGCUUCGGAUUUAUUUUUUUUAAUUUUUCCGAAAAUAUUGUUACUCAGUG